AUGGGGGUGGUAGUGGGUGCGUACACGCUGGGCUUCGCAGGUGCAGCCGUCUGCGUCCUGCUGCUCACCUGGCUGACCUAUCAGCUGCUGAGCCACUACCUGCACAGCUGGAAGGAGCUGAAACCCAUCCAGGGGAUCGGAGUCUCGUACCCGUUCCUGGGGAACGCGCUGCAGUUCAAGUCCAAUGCAGGAGAUUUCUUCCGUCAGGUGGUCGGGUACGCUCAGGAAUUCAGAAACACUCCUAUGCUGAAAGUGUGGAUCGGGCCUGUGCCAUUUCUGAUCCUCUACCAUGCAGAAACCAUCGAGACAGUGCUGAAUAACCCGGUGCACAUGGAUAAAGCCUAUGCCUAUAAAUUUCUGCACCCCUGGCUGGGCACUGGACUGUUGACCAGUACUGGCGACAAAUGGCGGCGCAGGAGAAAGCUGCUGACCCCCACCUUUCACUUCUCCAUCCUGACGGAGUUUCUGGAGGUGAUGAACGAGCAGGCGGAGGUGCUGAUUGAGAAGCUGGAGAAGCAGGUGGACAAAGGACCCUUCAACUGCUUCAACCACAUCACCCUCUGCGCCCUGGACAUCAUCUGUGAAACUGCAAUGGGGAAGAAAAUCUACGCUCAGAGCAACUACGACUCGGAGUACGUGCGGAGCGUGUACCGAAUGAGUGACAUCAUCACCAGGCGCCAGCGAAUGCCGUGGUACUGGCCGGACUUUGUGUACAACUACUUUGGGGAGGGCCGGGAGCACAACCGCAGCCUCAAGAUUCUACACUCCUUCACUGAAAGCGUGAUCUACGAACGGGCGGAGUACAUCUCCUACAUCGAGUCCGACAGCGAAUCAGAUCAGGGCAUGAAGAAGAGACGUGCUUUCCUGGACAUGCUGCUGAAGGCUCAGGACGAGGAGGGGAAUAAACUCACCCAUCGGGACAUCCAGGAAGAAGUGGACACCUUCAUGUUCGAGGGACACGACACGACCGCCGCUGCCAUGAACUGGGCCGUUCACCUGCUGGGCUCCCACCCAGAAGUGCAGAGGAAAGUUCAGCAGGAGCUUUUCGAAGUGUUUGGUGAGUCAGAGAGACCCAUCAACACUGAGGAUCUGAAGAAGCUGCGUUAUCUGGAGUGUGUGGUGAAAGAAGCUCUCCGGCUCUUCCCCUCCGUCCCCUUCUUCGCCCGCAGCAUCUGCCAAGACACAAACAUCGGGGGCUAUAAAGUGCCUAAAGGAACUAACGUCAUCAUCAUGCCGUACGCCAUGCACCGAGACCCCCGCUACUUCCCGGACCCUGAGGAGUUUCGGCCCGAGCGCUUCCUGCCUGAGAACAGUGUAGGCAGACACCCGUACUGCUACAUCCCCUUCUCCGCAGGACUGCGCAACUGCAUCGGUCAGCGAUUCGCCAUCAUGGAGGAGAAGGUGGUCCUGGCUUCCAUCCUGCGCUACUUUGAUGUGGUGGCGUGUCAGAAGAGGGAGGAGCUAAUGCCAGUGGGAGAGCUGGUCCUCAGACCAGAGCAGGGCAUCUGGAUCACGCUACAGAGGAGAAAGCGCUAACAUGCUAACGCCCGCACACACAGUACACUGGAAACUACACUGGUGUUGUUUAAAACACUGUAUACUGAAAGAGUUCAGUAUAACUGAGGCAGCUGUGUUGAGUUUAUAAUGGACAGUGUUGGUCUUGUAUGGUUUGACUGUGCAAUAAAAAAACAUCUGACAUCUUU